AUGGCGGUCAGCAUCAUGGCGGCUUGUUGUCGAGCGUCUGUUCUGUCUCUCUCCCUCCUUGCCUGCUUCCUUCAGGUCGUCAUCCAUGGACAAGUGUUUCAGGCUCCUCAGACCCACGAUGUGUUCCUGCGGUCCAAACGGGCCAACAUGUUCCUGCUGGAGGAGAUCCUGCAGGGGAACCUGGAGCGCGAGUGUUACGAGGAGCUGUGCAACUACGAGGAGGCCCGCGAGUACUUCGAGGACAACGACAAGACGUACGCCUUCUGGACUGUUUACCAAGAUGGGGACCAGUGUCAGCCCAACCCCUGCCUCCACGGGGGGAACUGCACCGACAAGGUGGGGGGGUUCCACUGCUCCUGCACCGCCCCCCACCACGGACCCCUCUGUGAACUGGGAGCACCGCACAAGCCGGAGGGUCACGUGACCUCCGCGCCACAAAUCAUCAGAGAAAUCUCCGAGUGUCCGACUGACGGUCCAAAAGCUUGUCACCAGAUGUGCACGGUGUCCCACCACACCAUCACCUUCACCUGCUCCUGCGUGUCAGGAUUCAAACUACAGACUGACGGACGCAGCUGCCUGCCUGAAGUGGAGUUUCCCUGUGGACGACUUCCUGGCAAGUUCAACACAACCGCCUCUGUAUGUCACCAUGGAAACUGUCCCUGGCAGGUGUCCCUGGUGAACAGCAGUAGGGUGGAGCUCUGUGGUGGCGUGGUGUUGGGUCGACGCUCUGUCCUGACCGCCGCCCGCUGCCUCUUCCUGGACCCAGGAUCCGGCUUCUAUCCCUCCAACUACUUCGUGGUCUCCGGCGAUAAGAAGACGCUCAUCCCUGUCCGGGCUCUGUACGUACACGACCGUUUCCAUACAGAUCACCACGACAAUGACCUCGCCCUCCUCGAGCUGGCCGGCCCCUUGCCCUUUAGCUCCACCCUCAUACACCUCUGCCUGCCCCCUAAGGACUUCAGCGAAAACAUCCUGAUGCAUCCUGGGAGGACGGGCGUCGCCGUGAGACGGGGGGUCGGUGCGACCAAGACGUUAGUCUACAUGACGCUGGAGGAGUGUCGCCGUCAGCUGAAUGUUUCGCAUCCGCUCAGUAACAAAAUGUUCUGCAUGAGGAACCCAACUGGCGCCCAAGGAAGAUCAGCUGGACCUAUAGGGAACCCAACUGGUGCCCAAGGAAGAUCAGCUGGACCUAUAGGGAACCCAACUGGUGCCCAAGGAAGAUCAGCUGGACCUACAGGGAACCCAACUGGCGCCCAAGGAAGAUCAGCUGGACCUACAGGGAACCCAACUGGCGCCCAAGGAAGAUCAGCUGGACCUACAGGGAACCCAACUGGCGCCCAAGGAAGAUCAGCUGGACCUACAGGGAACCCAACUGGCGCCCAUGGAAGAUCAAUUAGACCUUCAGGGAACCAAAACGGCGCCAUGGGGAGGCUGAAUAAACAAACAGUGAACCAGAACCGAACCCAAAAUGGGAAAAAUGGAGCAGACAGCUACAACAGCAGGAGUCACAAGCCCUCCGAAGGCAACAGGAACGCGAGGUCAAAGGUCAGCGGCGGGCAAUGUGGCGGUCAGUUGCAGGGGACGCCUGUUGCCACAGUACAGAAAGGGACAGCUUUUCUGACCGGGCUGUUGCUGUCAUCGUCUGCAGGCUGUGAUGGGGGCGGCGGUCUGGUGUUCACCAAACUUUCCCGCUACAUGAGCUGGAUCAGACCGAGGCUGCAGGCCGCAGAGGACCACAUGACCCCCCAAGUCAGCGUGUAUCCUGAGAAUCCCUAACAGCCCGCCCCCCGCCGCCAUCUUUAAAACUAUGUUUAAAAAAAAAACCAACUUUUCAUCAUCAAACUCCACGUUCACUAAAAAUCUCUUCAAUGGACCAAACUUUCAGUUCCUUAACUGCAAAACAUUUUCCCACAGUAAACGUUUGUGCUGAUGUGCAACUUUACGUUUUCUUUCUUGGUUUGUUAUUGAGAGCCAGGUUCUUUGAUUUAUUUGAUUUGGUGAUGAUCUUGGUGCCAGCAGAACCAGGGUCUGGUCUGGUCUGGUCUGGGCGAGCAUUCGGCACCAAAGCUGUGAGCAUCAGGGGGAUUUACAGCUUGGAACAACCUCAGUAUGUUUUAUUCUGCCUAACUUCCUGUUUAGAAGAGAACUUUAUCACAUUAUGGGAGUAAAAAGGCGAUGUCAUGGGGAAAAGAGGUUUGUUUUGGCUUUUACUACAGGACAGAAACAUAACUUUGACAAUAAAACCUUAUUUUACAAUCACAUUUCAGAGGUAUCCAAACUGUAAUGUUGUGAUGACGCGUAUA